AUGUGUCUUGAUGAAGUAGCAGAAUACCAGAAAUGCAUCCAUGAAUACGCCCCUAUUGAUUCCGUAUUCGAGCAAGUAGAGCAUCCUCUUGAAUUCGUCCAUGUUGUUGCCCUUGUUGAUGUUUGCCAGCAUUCGGUUGACUUCGCUAUUUACGAUUCCAACUGCACCGUAUUCAGUCAGAAAGAGUGGAUUCAUGUUGAUCUUGUAAUCAGCCAUCAGAGACUGUUCCAGGAAGACUGUCUCAGGCAGAAUGUGUUUGAUGACGUAGACGUGUCUGAAGUCAUUGGUUACGAAUGUCUUCAGGUCAUCAACAAACUCACUUUGGUAGAAGGCCAUUCCAAAUAG